UCUCCUUGUCGUGUCACUAUCUACCUGUGUAAGAAGUUGACAUCCCUCCUGUUUAUAAGCUUCCCUUAAGUAUAGAGUAAGGCUGGGGUGCGGUCUCCUUGGAGCUUUCUCUUCUCCAAGCUAGAUAAGCCCAACUGCCUCAGCCUUUCUUCACAAGAAAGGUACCUGCGUCCCUCUGAUCAUCUUCUUGUCCUCUUCUGGAUCUGCUCCAUUAGCUCCACAUCUUUCUUGUGCUACGGGCCCCAGGUCUGGAUGCAGUACACCCACUGGAGACUUGCAAGGGCAGAGCGGAAGGGGACAGUCAUCUCGCUCUCCCUGCUGGCCACUGCUUUGUUGAUGCAGCCCAGGGUAUGGUUGGCUUUCUGGGCUGCAAGUGUGCACUGCUGGCUUGCAUCAAGUUUCUCAUCAACUGACAUCCCCAAGUCCUCAGAGCUGCUUGCAUUUAUACAUGGGAUUGUUCUGACACAGGUGCAGGACUUUCAAUAACCACUGAAUAGCAGCUCAUCAGGAUGUCCUUCCUGACUGAUAAAGCUGACUGAGCUUUCAGCAGGUUGGACUAGGUUCCUUCUAGCAUGGAUUUUCCUAUGAUCCUGUGUGUAUUUCCUAGCCAUGCCGCUGCAGCAGCACAUGGUGCAUAUUGAUACCUAGGGCUACUGAUGAUGUGUGGAUGACUUAGAUCUUGUCCUGGGUGCAGAGAUUUGGGAAAGGACAGCUGAGUCACCUGGCACUGCCCUGCAAUGAUGGCAGAGCAGCCAGGCCUGGGUCACAUCCAAUCUUCCUGCGUCCCAUUUGCAAGGUUACACACUGGUCACAUGCAGCCCAGGGGUAGACAAAAUAACCUGUCUAGGGAACAUGGAGGGAACGUGCUGUCUCCUUGGCCGUACAGCUAAAGCAGCUCUGCUGGCCAUGGGCAGGCUCACAUUACAGGAAGAAGUUCAGCUUGUCUGGAGUGUGGGGCAGCUCUUAUGUUCCCAGCUCUUUACCGAGUAAAGGCCUUUUGAAGUCAUUCUCUGUAGAUCCAACAUGUAGUCCAGGCUCCCUCUUGCUCCCGAAGUGUCACAGCUGGGCCUGUUGCAGGCAGGAAAGCUCCAAAGGGCUGCCAUUUGCUCUGUGCCAAUGCCACUGCUGUGAUCCUCCUGCCAGCACCUCUCCUUAUUUUAAUUUCUUGGUGAAUGUGGCCUGAUUAUGAUAGGGUGAGGGAUCUAGUUUUGGGGUGUGUUCAUGUCAGGGGUUCUGCAGUUGCUGCACAGUCCCUGAGAACCGCUCAAAUAAAGGUGUGACAAAUGGCUCCCUGCAACCCAAUGAAGAGCAUUCUUCUGGUUUUAUCAUCUAAUUUCCCCACAGCCAGUGCAGUGUGACCCAGCAGGAACCCCAUAGGACCCCUUUCCCUGUAUGCAUGCUGUACAUAUCUGGCCUUGAUCAGUUUUGCCAUGCGGACAGUGCAUGUGUGGGUCAGUCUAUCUUUGUCCCAAGCUAUUAAUAUCCUGUGGCACUGUGCAGAGCCCUUCUUCCUCACCCUUUGGCAGACUUGGCUGAGCUCCUCAGCACUGAAACCCCGACUGCCCAGAGCGCUUGUGCUCAUUAGGUGCUUCGUGGUUGCUUAAGGGUAUUGAGAGCUCGCAUCACCAGCGUGGUGAAUCAUUUACAUUUGUGCUCCCUCCCAGGUGGAGGCACUUGAUUGGUACUGGAGCCAAGGUCAGCAGGAGCCCUUCAGAAUGAGAUGCAAUGGGAAAUCGGCAUGGGACAACCUGUGGCUGCUGCCCGCUGCCAACUGGACAGGUGGCCCCAGGUGGCCUAAGCACAGCAGUGGGGUAUCCGCUGGACACAGUGAAGGUGAGGAUUCAGACCGAGGGGCAUUACAAUGGCAUUUGGCACUGCAUUCAAGAAACAUACAGGACAGAAAGAGUUUUGGGAUUUUACAAAGGUGUGUCAGCAUCAGUCUUCACAGUGUCGCUGAUCUCCUCUGUUUCAUUCGGCACAUACAGAAACUUCCUUUGUAACAUCUGCAAGCUGCGGUACGGCACAGCCGACGCCAAGCCAUCGGGGCUGGAUGUUUCUCUGGCUGGAAGUGCUGCUGGUGCUGUGCGGGUUGUGCUUAUGACACCCAGUGAGGUAGCUAAAGUUCGGAUGCAGACCCAGAGGAACCCCCAUUCCUCUGUCACAUCCUCCCAACCCAAGUACCGAGGGUCUCUGCACUGUCUGAAGGUGAUCGCCAAGGAGGAAGGCUUUGGGGGUCUCUACAAAGGCUGCUCUGCAUUGCUGUGGAGGGAUUGCUCCUCUUCUGCAAUAUAUUUCCUGACAUACUCUUCUCUCUGUGACUGGCUCACACCAGCUGGGAAAAACAAACCAGGUCUCCUGGUCGUGCUGCUCUCUGGGGGCUCUGCUGGAGUGCUGGCCUGGGGCCUUGCUACCCCCAUGGACGUCCUCAAGUCACGGAUGCAGGUGGACGAGUCGGGACAGCACAAAUACAAAGGUCUCAUCCACUGCGCGAGAGAAAGCAUCAGAAAGGAGGGGAUCAAAGUGCUGUUCAAAGGCCUGGGUUUGAACUGCAUCCGCGCCUUUCCUGUGAACAUGGUGGUGUUUGUCACAUAUGAAGCUGUGCUGAGGUUUACAGAGCAUUUCACAAACAAAAAAUAGCAGAUGCAGCUCUAGCAAGAAGCGUGUUUUGUUCAGUUUGGUUUUGUAGCCCAACAUAGACAUGCACUGAGCUCUCUACUGGUGGGCAGCACAUGAAGCAGGGGCACUUCAGCACAGCACCUGUUGACCAACGGCUCUCACAUGAUUACACACUCAUCAGGGAGGUUGUGUACAACCUUGUGUACAAACUUGUGUACAACCUCUCUUUUACCUUGUUAAUGUAUUUUGACUGUAGCCACUGCUUAGGCCACUCAAACGUGUGCAAUAUUUAUGCUCCAAAAAACUGCUGGUCUAAUUUGAGAAUUUGGUAAAGGUUUAAUUUUGUUCUCUACUAGCGCAGAAAAAAAACCCCAAACCUUCACUACUGAGGCAGGAAUCAAGGGUUUUGUGUGCAAUAUAACACUAUACAACACAUUCUUUUUAUAUGUAGAGCUGCAGGGUAUCCACUGGGCACUCUCCGUAUGUGUGUCUCCAGCCUGAGCAGGCAGGCUGCUCACUCCCAGGUGUAAUUCUGCCCAAGUACUCUACAGUGACAUCCCUUCAGUAGAGGCUGAAAUAUGAAUCUCUUUCUUUUCCAGUUGUUUUUUUAAGGAGUGGCAGACAUAGUCUACUCACACAAUCAUUCAGUGGCCUCAGUGAAAGUGAAAACAGGCAUCAAUUCCCAUAAACCAUGUGAUUUCUUCCUUCUGGACCCCUUUUAUAAGUUCGUAGCAUAGACUUGGCUACACAUACAGUUAUUUUGUAGCACACAGGACUUGGCACGCACCCUGGACAGGGAAGAAUCUUGUACUAGAAGGGCAAGUUAAGAAAUUUCAGAUGCCACUAGGAAAGAAUAAAGGUGAUUUCUUUCAGAGAGAAACUAGUAAGAAAUUCCAGAACUAUCCUCCUGAAACCUAAACAUUCAGCUUGUUUUUUAAACUGCAUCAUGGCCAUGCUAUCAAACAGCUCCCAGAAUUUUUGUUUCUCACGAGUCUGUUAAUCUCUCACGUGAUCCAAUAGCAGACAGGUGCAGAGCAUGGGGGGGAUUGAAAGAUCCGGCACGGAAUCUGAUUCUAUCCCAAAGUGCGUAUGGCCUCAGUAACCUGUGACCCACGCUUAGACCUUUAGGGCAUCAGCGCCAAACCUCCUUUGGUUUGAAAGUGCUCACAACAGAAGAUUUAAUUAAGUCCUCAAGAUUUGGAAUUUCUCUUAAGACAAAUGCUAAGAGGCUUCUCACCUCUCUAUGAGGGAUGCAUCUGGCUGGGGCCUGCCCCGGUAGGGUACUAACUCAUCCCAGCCCUGGCAGAGUGUUUUCUGAAAUCAAAUUCUUUUAUAGCAAAUUAUUCUCAGCUGACCUUCUCAAGCAUUACAUCCCAUGAACAGACAGCAAAAUACAUAGCUCUAUGUCAAGCUAAACAACCAUUUAUUAUUAGGUAGUGUUGAUACUGUCUGUGGUCAGCCCAAGGCUUGAAAAUAAACUCUAAUCGACAGUAUCCCAGCUUUCUCCAGUAGCUUCAAGCAUUCAUGUGACUAAAAGCGUCUUUGUGGUGGCCAUAACUUAUACACAGCUUGUUUCAAGAACCACGAAUUACAGCUGGAUUGGAAAAUUAGUGGGCACAGCUGUGGAAGCCAGUGAGAGGAGUUGAGAACAGUGAGCCUCUUCUACAUUCUCAGCAGUGUGAAAAGUAGGUUCUCCCAGGGCCUGAACAGAUAAAUACUACAUGAGAGGUAAGUUUUAUCUUACAGAUCUUAUCAGUUUAUUUCAAGAAUCUAACUGCUUGCACUGUGUAGUGUGCUACAACCCCUUACUGGAAAAAAAGAAGACAAACCCAAUGUACCCAGGGUUUGACUGAUGAUCUGACAACCUUUAAAACAAGAACUCAUAGCAAUUUAUAUCAAGGUGAAUUAGCCACCAGGCAAAGGUACUGAAUGUGUGAGUACUGGAAACCUAGGCAUGUAAAUAAGAACCAACUUUUCUUUAAUGAUGUGACAUAGUGUUUAUAUUGUGUACUUAACUCCAUAUGCAACAAGUUGUUUGCCUUGUACAUUUCAGAACUUGGCUGCUCUGUUUUCUGAUUACUUUGUAUUGCCUUGAUCUUCAGCUUCUGUAUUUGCUGCUCUGAUAAUCACAGAACUAUUUCUUCUGAUACAUUAUCUAUCUGAAGGCCAGCAGAAUGAAGACACCAUAUAGCUCUCUGUAGAGACAAUUUCUUUCAGAAACAAACUUGCUGGCUGGCCUUGAAUAAAGAAAACUUUCUUUAGAAGGCACAUUCUGCUUUCAUGUCAUUGAUAGUUCCUGUUUUUUUUUUUCUUUUUCUUUUUUUCUCACAAUGCUUAAGAAUAUCCAGGUAGGUUUCAGCGUGCCUCUUUGUGACUGGCAGAGCAAUGUAAAGCUAUUCACAACUUGUAUUCCUUGGCAACUGUAAUGGUAGAGUCACAUUUAAGUAUUUUAUGUCAGACCUGUGGAAACGUUGCUCUAAUAGGUCAUAUUGACCUCUCUCUAUUUCCGAGCUGGCUGCUAUAUAAGGAAAUUCAACGCUCAGUCUUGCUUGCAACCUGUUAAUCUUUGGAGGACUGACCCUUAUUACCUUGCUCUGGCAGCAAUCUGGAGUUUACUUGUUCAGACCAGAUGAAUGGGGUUAUAAGGCACUUUAUUUCACUGUUUGUAAGGCACUGGACAUCAAAACAGUGAUCGACUCCUUGUGAUGACUAAACAACAGAGGAAGUGUAAAUGAAGCCUUUUAAAAGUUAAAUAAAUUCAAAAAGCAAAACAA